GAUAUGACUGACCUAUUCUCCGACCUCAAGAAACAAUACAAGCACAAUGUUGCUGCCGAGGCGCUCUUUUUCAAGGCCGACCCGGAUCGCAUUAGUCGGCCUCACGCACUGCGCCUUGAAGUCUCUGAAAUCGGCAGGGAAUUUACUGACGGGACCAACAUCGGCAAGGAUCCCGAGGGCACGUUCUACUACAACAAGAUCCGCGAUCUCAAACUCAACACGAAAGAUACCACAUACCUCGUCGCGAGGGUCGUAAAUCCGUCGGACAGCAAGCCCUGCUCCUCGAUCAAGUUUUAUAACCGUGGGGAAAAUAGUAGCUACGCAGAGUUCCUUGCCUAUGAUAAGGAGGAAACUGUAACAGCAUGUGGCAUGGACGGAUACAAAUAUUUCGGCAAGUGGCAGGAGCUUGAACAAGGCAGCGCAACAGCGGUGGUCACCAAAGAUGCUAAUUCUGACGACAUCUAUCUCGCCGCGACUUCUAUCCAAACCCAGGCAAAGAUCUCUGACAACUAUCAAUGGCUCAAAGACGAAACUGUCGACGUCCACGGUAUUCUAUAUUUCAAAGACAAGAGCCAAAUCAGACGCGGCGGUAAAGCGAGCUACAGCAACGACCGCAUUGUAUUCUACGAGUACAACAGCAAGGGGGCGGCGGAAGACUUUACGGCCUACUUCAUCCCUUAUGAGUCCUCGACCGGUAAGCUCGGGCUCACCGCCGCACAAUCGAAUGAUAAGGAGUUCGAGGACAUCACCUGGAUGGACAUUAAAUAGAUGAAUGCCACAGCCAGCGGCUACGGCGCAUCAGAGGUUGUCUGAUAUGCACUUGUACUUGUAUGAAUGACUGCAUAUUGCGAAUUUAAACAGCACAAAGAGUUUGACGGGAGGUAGAU